UAACGUGAUGACGUCACAUCCUCCUCUUCCUCCAGCUCCACCAACAUGAGUUCGCUCAAGGUACAGAAGCGCCUCGCUUCUGAGGUGCUAAAAUGUGGCAAGAAAAAAGUGUGGUUGGAUCCCAAUGAGAUAGGGGAGAUUGGCCAGGCUAAUUCCCGACAAAAUAUUCGGAAGUUGAUUAAGGAUGGCUUGAUUAUCAAGAAGCCCCAUAAUGUACACUCUCGUGCCCGUGUCCGCAAAACACAAGCAGCUCGCAGAAAGGGCAGGCAUAUGGGCUAUGGUAAAAGAAAGGGUACUGCCAAUGCUCGUAUGCCUCAGAAGAUCCUAUGGAUUCGUCGGAUGCGUGUCCUUCGUCGCAUGCUCAAAAAGUACCGUGACAACAAGAAGAUUGACAAACAUCUGUAUCAUGACUUGUACAUGAAGGUGAAGGGUAAUGUUUUCAAGAAUAAGCGCGUGCUGAUGGAAUACAUCCACAAGAAGAAGGCUGACAAUGCCCGUGCUAAGAUGCUGAGUGACCAGGCAGAGGCUCGCAGAUCUAAGGCCAAGGAGGCCCGUAAGCGCAGGCAAGAAAGGGUUGCCAUAAGGAAGGCAGAAGCUCUGAAGAGCAAAGAAGAUGCAGAGUGAAAUGUAACCUUAAAUAAAUAAAAAAAAAAAAAGCUUCAAU